AUGAGUAAUAACAAUACAAAUAAUGUCUACGAUAGUAUCUACGAUCCAUACAGUGACCUGAAUAACAAUGAUCAUAAGUCACCCUUUUCCAUUUCGAGAUCUGCCCAUCCCGGUGCUGUAUUACUGUCUCCCCAGCCUCUCAAUGCGGGCAUUUCAAAUAACAGUAGCCACAGUAAUUCAAAUAGCAUCCAAUCUAUUUACUCUCCUAAUCCUAAUAACACAAACAAUAAUAGUGCCCCAUAUAACACUUUCUUCAAUCAGCAGCAGGGCCUAUCCUCAGGAACCUCCAUGAAUAAUAGCAAUAUUCAACAACCUAUCCCUAUUGCAUCUUACAACACAAAUGCUGCAAGUACAAGCUACCAUAGCAACACAAACGUAUCAAACUUAGCACCAGCAGGUUCUGGUAUUAUGUCUCCCACAAUACAAUCCCCGUCGAGCAAAUCACAAAAUGUUACUCCUAAUAUUUUCGGUGGCACUCACGAUAUAUAUCAACUUUGUUCAUGGAUAUCAAAUUUAACUACCCAACAACAAAAUUCAGUAAUGGACAAUAUUUUAUCUUCAUUGAAUGAAGACGUUUUGCAUUAUACCAAAUUAAAAAUUGAUACUCUAACAAGUAAUGGAUUCACGUCUCCACAAAUAAACGUACAGCCCAGCGUUGGUAUCAGUAUAUCUCCCCCAGUAUUACAAUCUAAUAAUGACACGACCAAUUUGGAUUCAUAUUUUUUGGGCUCUUCAGCUUACGAUGAACAGGAUAACAGCACUUUAAGGUCAACCAUCCAUCAACCGUGGUCUCCACAACCAAUUUCUAAGACUUCAUCACUUUUUGACUAUUCAAAAUUCCAGUUACAGAGACCAAAAUCUGCAGAUCCGCACCUGGGGUCAGCAAAUAUAAAUCAGCAUACAAUGUCCAAAAGAGGGAUGGCAAAGACGUUGAAUACUAAUGGCAACGCUAAUAACAGCAAUUCUCUCAAUAAAACAACGUAUCAAUCAAGUUAUCAGGAUUCUUCCUCUCAAUUCAAUCACAAUUCGAGUUCCACCCCGGCCAGUGCUAGUAGUAAUCCAUCGAUGAAUCCUAAGAACUUAACGGAUCCUAAACUAUUAACAAACGUACCGAUGUGGUUGAAAUCAUUGAGAUUACAUAAAUAUUCUGAUAAUUUGAAAGAUCUGAAGUGGAUUGAAUUGAUUUAUUUAAAUGAUGAAAUUUUAGAAUUGAAAGGUGUUGCAGCAUUGGGGGCAAGAAGAAAAUUAUUGAAGGCUUUCCAAAUUGUAAAAGAAUACAAUGAAUCUGGUCUUAUUGACAGGAGCGCCUAUGUAUAG